AUGCCCUCCUACUCACCUGGAAUCCUGGUGUCAAAUGCGGGUUAUACUAUGGCGUGGAAUACAAAAGCGAAGGUAGCUGUUCUAUCUAUAUUAUACCAUUCGGGUAUGCCUCGAUUGAAAGGAGUGUUCAAGUCCGAUGGCCGGUACUGCAUUGCCAUGAAGAGAAUGCCCGGAGUGACGAUUUCCGCCUAUGUGGACGAAUUCGUACAUACGCAUGACGAGAGCGGUGAACUGGAGCGACUACUACGGCGUCUUUCAAUCGACAUUUUACGCGCUCUUGGUUACUUACAUGCUAGAGACAUCGUUCAUCUGGAUGUGAAG